AUGCUUGAGGAGGACUUUGAGGAGGAUGUCGUCCCAGAGUUCGGGCGGGAGAAUCUCCUCCGUGUCUACGAGUUCAUCAAGUACUGCAAGUACGAGAAGGAAAUCCCGGAAUUGCCUGAACUUCAGGAGAUCGAUCCCGAAUUCUUCCCUGGACUCACAGCAAAGCCAUGGUGGAAUGUGGAGGAGCUCGACAACCCGGAGUGGGUGGAAAAAGUCGUGGCGGGACUGCCUUAUGUGCAGGGUGAGCUGGCUGACCUGUUAGAGGACAAUGAGGAAUACUUGAUCUCUGACAGUGUCAAAAACGAAGUCAUGGGCGGUGGCUGGUCUGGCUUUCGCCUCCGCCGGCUUGGUGCAUGGUUGUCGAGAAACUGUGAGCUCUUCCCCAAGACGGUACAACUCUUGAAGCAGUCUGACGUGCCAUUGGCCAUGCGUGGAGUCAUUGUUGCACGACAGGUUCCAGGCACCGGCGUUCAGCCUCACAGCGAUGGCAGAAACUUCUUCCUCACCGCGCACUUCGGGCUUAGUGUCCCUCCUGAUUGUGCUAUCACAGUGGGUGGUGAGGAGAGACCUUGGAAGGAGGAUGACUGCAUUGUCUUUGAUACGUCCUUCAUGCAUUCAACCAGGAAUGACUCCGACGAGGACCGCUUCGUUUUGGUGCUGGACUUUUGGCACCCUGAUCUGACCAUCCCGGAGCGAGAGGCCUUGGAAUGGAUCUAUGACUUCCGCAACAAGUUUGAGCAAGGCAAGAUCAAGUACGUUCCAAAGCUUCCAGAUGGCUUCUGGGAGACGCUGUAUGUCUACAGCGCCUGGGGUGGUCGGGACCUGGUGGUGGAGUUGUCUUCAGAUUCAGUCCGAAUCCGGAAGCACCAAGGUGCCUACACAGAAGAGAACGUGCAGAAAGAGCCCAUUGGCCCAGACACUCGGUAA